AUGUGUAUUGUUACUAAUCAUAUUACGAAUGUAUUGUUUUUUGCCUCUUCUCAUAGGUUUGGAUAUACGGCCACUUGGCCUUAUGGGAAGCCUACAGCUGUGGAAGAUGUGGUUUUCCAUCCUUACAACAAUGCAUCAGAUGAAGACGAGGAAGAUGUUGAUGUUAUUAAUUUCUCACCUGUUGCGGGUUAUAAUGGACGGUUGUUUCAUCCUGGAGGUUGUACAAUGUAUAAUCCUGGAAGUGUACUUAGACAACUUUCUUGUGUCCAAAGUGUCCCACAAGUGGAAAACUUCAACUUCAAGGUAAACAAGGUCGGAACUAAGAACAGCGAGAAGAAUUUCAUCCCCAAAUACGAUCCUGCUCCAUCAGUGGACCACUGGAAGAACUUUGGGGAUUAUCUUGUUCUAGUCGAAGAGUUACAAGAUUCGUUUGAUGAUCCAAAUGCCGCUGACGAUGGAUAUAUGGAAUGGUAUGAACAUUCUUCUCAUCCUCGUGUAAUAAACAGUGUCCAACAAGCCCGUGAUGAUAAAGCAAAAGCAACGGCAAUAGAGAAAGAAGCUCAGAAGAUCAUGAAGCAUACCCCUAUGUGUGGUGAUGAGGCCUUGAUCUUGUGGAAUUCAGCGUGAAGGCAAAUGCUAAAUUGUUGAAGAAAAUGAUGGCAAAAAUCCGAAGUGGAGAGCCGAUGGACACUCGAGAACAAACAAACCUCUACAACCAAAUAACUAAUGUUUUUGAUCCCAACCUUGUCGAUACAAG